AUUAAUUCUUAUUUAAAUUAAGCAUUUCCUUACCUGUGAAUUCCCAUUAUCCCUCUCUCUCUCGCUCUUUCCUAUCUUUCCUCUAUAUCUCUAGUUCUCCUUCCACACUGCUUUAGUCCUAUAUUGAUUGUUGGCAAAAUUCUAAAGUGAUAUCUGAGAUUUUGGAUUAUUUAUUGUGUUAUGCUUCGGAGCAAAUUGGUGACGCAUAUAGUAAGGUACUAAGGUAAGUGUGCGUCUUGAAGGGCUUCUCUUGGUGAGUUUUGUGGCAUGAGCUUGGAACAUGUGAUCAAUGACCUUCUUUGGAGAGAAUCAGAGCUUGGCCACUCUUCUUUUCAGGCAUGGGAACAAAGAUCGUUGAGCGAAUUACGACAAACUCACUUGGCUUAAAGAGUGUUGAUCGUAGUGGAUUCAUCAGAUUUGGUGUUAAUGGUCAACGAAGAUCUUCAAAAGAGACGUUGACGACAGACGACAAAGAGGAGGAAGAAGGAGUUUUUGUUAUAAGGUCAAUGGAUAGGUUUCUUGAAAAGCAAAAUGCUGAAUCCAUCAGACAUACAAUGCAAGCCCAAGAAGAUAUUUUCAAGCAACAGGUACGAGAGCUGCAUAGAGUAUAUAAUAUACAGAAAAUGAUGAUGGAACAACUCAAACAUAGAAGCCAAUAUUGUACUAGUAUUGACAACAAAGACCAAACCGGUUCAAGAGAGAGAACCGGAAGCUGGUCAGGCAUAGACCUCGAAAGUGUGGUUAGAGCAACAGAGACGACGACGGAUCGUAUCGAAGAGAGCGAACUAGAAUUGACAUUGAGCAUUGGAAUGUCUUCUUCAUCUACGAACAAAGACAUGGAUUACUCCUCGACGACGUCGUUUAGAUCAUCAUCGGAAAAUUGUAAUAAUCAGAGCAAUAAUAAUGAGAAUAACAAUAAUAACAGUAAUAACCAAGAAAGUAGCGGACCAAACACACCUAUGAGCAGCUCAAGUACAACGUCACUGGAUCGAGAGAAGAAGAGACCUUAUUGGCUCUUUCAAGGACUUAGUAUUAACCGAACUUCUUGAUUUUUGUUUAUCCUCACUGACUCUUUUUUCUUUUUGCCUUCUUCAUCUUAUUCUUGAUUUUUUGUUUUGUUUGUAUCUGAUUUAUUACUAUUAAUCUUGUUUACCAAAUUUACUGAUUCCAGUUUUAGCUCUAA